AUGAGGUCCAUAUAUAAUUACACAGCCGAAGAGCGCAUCCAGUUCAUAUUCAAUCCCCCUUAUGCCCCCACAUUCGGCGGACUGUGGGAGGCCAAUGUUAAAUGCUUAAAAUAUCAUUUAAAAAGAACAAUAGGUAACUCUAGCUUAACGUUUCUGGAGUUAAGUACCCUUUGCACAGAAGUUGAAGCGGUCCUUAACUCCCGACCCCUUACCCCUCUUACAUGUAAUCCCAGCGACCUUUCUCCCCUCUCACCAGGGCACUUCCUCAUCGGGCGUCCUCUGACUUCGCUGGCGUCCCCUCCUGCUGCAUCCGGAAAGGGCAUAAAGACGCGCUAUCAGCUGCUCGAGUCCCUGCGUGACAGUUUUGCGAAGAGGUGGAAAAACGAGUACCUCUCAGAGCUACAAAAACGAACAAAAUGGAGACAUCCCUACAGAGAUCUCAAGGAAGGCGCUAUGGUAGUGUUCAAAGAGGAUAACCUACCUCCCAUGAGAUGGAAACUUGCACGUGUCCAUCGACUAUACUAUUGCAAGGACGGAAUCGCCAGGGUAGGCGAUUUUAGAACCAUCAGAGGGAUCGAACGACGGGCACUAAAUAAGGUGUGCCCCCUCCCUGAUGACGAUGAUGAGAUGUUGGAAGAAGCUUCAGCGCCAGCCAGUACUACCGACCCCUCAGCUUCCUCCAACGGCCCCCCAGCAUGUCUACGACAACAAGACACCGCGCGGGGCGCGGGCGCGCGGGGUACGGACCCCACCACACUCCAUUAG